GCAUCCUUAAUUGUUCUGCUUUUCCAGUACAUUUUAGGAGAACCUGUUGCACACACUUUUUGUGUAAACCUACUGAAGAUGGCUGAUAGCAAGGUGGCUGUGGCCCAGUGGAGCCCUUCCUUUGUAAAAGACCUUCUCCCUGCGGCUGAAAAAACGGCUCAUCUGUACCAUCUCUCUUACCUGUGCCUGGCCAAAUUCCCCACCCUGGAGAAGAUCAUCAGGAGUCGGGCUGUGGAAACUCAGCUUCUCUUUGGGUCCUCUGAUGCAAUCUUAUUCAAAUGCAUUUUGACCAGUGACAACCUGGUUCAGUUGCUGUUUCCCAUGUUGAUAGCAGCUGUAGACAAAAAUAAGCCACUUUUGGCGGUCAAACACCUGGCAAAGGCACAAACCUGGAUCAAAGACAUCAUCACAGAUGUGGACAGGAUUGUAGAAAAGUAUGAUUUACAUAACAAAGAUAUAUCAUCGGCCACCAGUGAUGUUGUCGCUGAAAAAUCAAACACAGACAAGAACAUUGCAGAAAAAGCUCAAGAGAAGACGGCGACUGAAGCCGCUCUGGAAGACCAGAAGACGGAGCUCCAAAAAGUCAGUGAAGAAAUCGAUCAACUUGAGAAAAAAAUAAACGAGAAAAGUCAAGAGAUUCAAGACUUUGCCAAAUCCAUAAGCCAAACCAGCACAGGCCUUGGCAUCUUUGCUGCAAUUGUGCCAUUUGUUGGGCCACUCGUCAAAAGCAUAUAUGAUGCUGUAAAAGAGCCUACAAAUAUCGCAAAACUGAAAGGUCUUGAAGCUGAGCUGAAUAAUCUGAUUGCUGAUAAAACUGCUGCCAAACAAAAGCAGUGGCAGCUCCAGCUUCUGAUCAUUGACUGGCAGAUGAAGGCUGCCAGAGCCAAUUUUGACCGAUGUGAGUCCUUUAAGCUUACUAUCUUUCAUGUCUAAAGUAAACCUGUAUGACAAGCCGUGUGCCAAAUUCUGAAGAUGAGGAGGGACUUGUUCAAAUAUGUUUGUAUUUCCCCCUCUGCAGCUUCCAUACCCGACCCCAUCCAUCUAAAAGAUGUGCAGAGUGGCUUGACAAAAAUUCAAUCAAUUAUGAUUCAGCUGAAAAACUUCUGGGAGAGAGUUGCUGAACUGCUUAAGUCCCUGGAACAAAAUACCUUUGCUGGAGAAAACUAUGUCGAUGACCUUGUCGAUUUUAAAGAUUAUUUUAUUAAAUUGAUCGAAAUAGCAACAGCGGUAAAGAUUGUUAAAAACAAAUCUGUAAGAUAUUCUGAAAUGUUUCCUACUCUUAUUUAAUCGCUUAAUAAUGUAUUUUGCAAUUGUUUUAAUGUCACAGGCUUGGAGCUGUUUUGGUGCAGGCUGUCAGGAAGCUUCUGGAAUCUUUAAGCUCCAAACCAAAGAUGCCUACGCGUUCCUGGAGGACAGUCCGUCCUCUUACUCCAAGGAGGUAUGGGACCAAAAAUACAAUGAAGUCAAGGCAAUACUGAUGAAAAUAGACCCACCACCAAGCCUGGAAUCCUCAGAUAAACCUGCUAUUUGUCAGGGACCCUAACAUGCACAAGUUCAUUCAUUCACUUCUUUUCAGUUUCUUGAUGCUUGUAUCCUGGAGUGAUUACAUAAAUUGUUCUUAACUGCUGCAAAGUUCUGUACGCCCCGCCCCUCUGCUUGAUGCUUCAACACUCUGCAUAUAUCAUCUCCUCUGUGUGUGCUCUUUAGAAGCUUUCACAGCAAGGUUGCUGUUAAAUGCAUAAAGAAAUGAAUGUAAAAACAUCGAGUGAAUAAAUUCUGGAAACAUU